ACCAGGCCACCUCCACCCAGCACGACGAUAACACUGCGUACAGGACCCAGGACGUGUGUCAACAAUGAAGUGGACUAGUUGGUGCGCUGCGAUACUGGCGGUGAUGGCUGCUGUGUUGCUCUGUGGGGGCGUCACAGCCCCGGCCAGACCAUCUUCCCUAGCACGGGUCCUAGCACCUGUGGUCAGACACAGGCUGGAGGAGGGAGGGCUGGCGCCGGCGCUGGUAGAGGAGCUGGUGGCUGACUUCGAAGACCCAGAGCUGCUCGACUUCCGUGAUGCCGCCGGCAAGCGAGAAUUCGACGAAUACGGUCAUAUGAGGUUCGGGAAGCGCGGCGGUGAUUACGAUGACUAUGGUCACCUUCGCUUCGGCAGGAGCCUCCACUCUCACAAAAAUCAACACUCCAUUUUCCAUUAAAGGGACCCGGUUACGACAGGUUAAAAAUAUCAGGGACUUGACUAGUCAGCGAGUGUAUUUUUUUAAUAAUGGUAGGUUUCCGUUUAUAUCUCAAGGGCAACUGUCCGGAAUUAUGAAAAUUAAUGUAGCAAAUCUGGUCGCGUGAAAUUCACAUUUUAAUUAUUGAUUCUUAAUAGAUGAAUAAUAUCUUUCUCACAUGGAAAUCGUGAAGAAACACUCAACUUCAAAGCACUUGCUAAGGACUCAAGACGUGAAGCUGUACUCUGAGCCUUUCCCGAACAUCUGCUUACACUGUGUAUUCGUAAAGGAACUUCUCUCGAACACGCUGUAAUGUGUUCACGCAAAGAUUUUGCUCGAUAAUAACUAAAAUAAUGAUGUGUGAUCAAACGUUCCAUUUACAUAAUGACGUAUCAUGACGUAUCAUUGGAUACACGCCAUUUAUUAUGAGACGCCAGUGUAAGCCAUCCAUGUUGUGAAGUGUUUUAUGUUCCUUAUAGUGGCUGGAAUAUAGAGUGUAACCUAUCUG